UUAAGUUUCUACAAGAGCAUUAAGCUAUCUCUCACUCUCUCUGCCCAGAGAGAAAAAACACUAAACAAAUAGAAAAUAAAAAAACAACUCAUAAAAUUUUCCAUUUUCUCACGAUUUUCCUCGUCUUAAAAAAAAUUUCUGAGAAAGAAAAAAAAAUUCAAUUUUGUCGUUUUAUUUAUUUUCCUGGUUUCAGACCAAACCAGUUAGAAACAAACUCGUUUUUUUUUCACAAAUUUGGAUUUUAUUGUUCCACUGUGAAUGAAAGGAAACCAAAAAGACUCAUCGGAGAAACCCAUAUGGGAUCGGAGCUCAUCGGGUAUAUCCAUGACCCGACCCGGUCGAUUAAUAAUCUGGCUCAUCCUCUUCAUCUCCGUCACUUACAUCAUCUACACUCUCAAGAUCGUCUCCACUACACACCCUUGCGAAGAUCUAACCUCCGAGUCAAUUCUCCAACAAAGACCGGAGAAAAAAGCGGUUACAGUAACGGUUAAGGCGGUUCCGGCGGAGCAAGAAGCAACGGAUCUAAACCAUGUGGUUUUCGGUAUUGCUGCGUCGUCGAAGCUAUGGAAACAAAGGAAAGAGUAUAUCAAGAUUUGGUAUAAGCCAAAGAAAAUGAGAGGCUACGUGUGGUUAGACGAAGAGGUAAAGAUAAAAUCCGAAACCGGAGAUCAAGAAAGUCUCCCGUCGGUGAGAAUCUCCGGUGAUACGUCGUCGUUUCCUUAUACUAACAAACAAGGACACCGAUCAGCGAUUAGGAUCUCGAGGAUUGUUUCGGAAACGUUGAUGAGUCUUGAUUCUGAGUCGAAGAAGAACGUGAGGUGGUUCGUGAUGGGUGAUGAUGAUACGGUUUUUGUAACGGAUAAUUUAAUUAGGGUUUUGAGGAAGUAUGAUCAUGAACAGAUGUAUUAUAUAGGGAGCUUGUCGGAAUCUCAUUUGCAGAACAUUAUUUUCUCUUAUGGAAUGGCUUAUGGUGGAGGAGGUUUUGCGAUUAGUUAUCCAUUGGCUGUGGCUUUGAGUAAGAUGCAAGAUCAGUGUAUUCAGAGGUAUCCGGCUUUGUAUGGUUCUGAUGAUCGGAUGCAAGCUUGUAUGGCUGAGCUUGGUGUUCCAUUGACUAAAGAGAUCGGUUUUCACCAAGUAAGUAAAGUUUUGUUUGGAUUUGGUUAUUUUUGUGAAAUGGGAUUUUGCUUAGAUUGGUUUGAUUAUAAAUGAUUUUGGGUUAGAAUGAUUUAAAAAGGUAGUGAAAUAGGCAAAUUGAUGAUUAGUUUAGUGUGUACGUAAUUGAUAUUCAUGGUUUACUGAUUUCAGUCGAAUUGAUAUUUUAGUUCAAAGUCAAAGAUUAGGGCCAAUGGAUUUGUCAAAAACUCCUUUUAAGGUUUGUUAAUGAGAGCUAAAGCUUUAAUAGGAGCAAGUAACAGAUUAAGGUAAACGCUUUCUACAGAAACCUAGACUGUUUAAUGGUUCACAUUCGUUUCAGUUUUCGUAAGUUUGGUAGUUGUGCGAGUUUAUUAACUUAAUAAUUGACAUUAAUUAGUUUAAGUAUGGAGAUCCGAGUUUGUGCCGCACUACUAAUUUGCUACUUAAAACCAUUUUAAAACAGCCGACCAAAAGUAAAACCAUUGGAAAUAACAAGAAGCUUCGUUUGAUGAGAGAAAACGUGAAUUGUUGUCAACUUUGGUUGAUGUUUUUAAUUAACAAAAAAAAAACCUUUGGUUGAUUUUCUUUGUUAGUAUUUUAAACGAUUUAAAGAGAAAUUAAAGCAGAAUAAUUAGAACACGUGGCGCUUGAGCAGCGCCAGUCUUUGUCAAUAGUUAGAUUCCUAGAUGUCGGAAUAAGACGCGUGUGUCAGUUUCAACCUUUAAAAGUCUUUAAAGACUUGUGACUCUUUUUUUACUCUACGCGCAAUAUAGCGCGUGAAGGUCUACGCUCCUUUCUUCAAAUUUCUUUGAUUCAAUUGUGUGUGAUUUUAUUUGUAUGUAGUACGACGUUCAUGGGAAUCUCUUCGGCCUCCUAGCUGCCCAUCCGAUAACACCGUUUGUAUCGAUGCACCAUCUUGAUGUUGUGGAACCGAUUUUUCCAAACAUGACUCGUGUUCGCGCUAUCAAGAAACUAACCACACCGAUGAAGAUUGAUUCGGCUGCGCUUCUCCAACAAUCAAUAUGCUAUGACAAACACAAAAGCUGGACUAUUUCAGUCUCGUGGGGAUUUGCGGUCCAGGUGUUCCGUGGAUCAUUCUCUCCCCGGGAAAUGGAAAUGCCAUCUAGAACUUUCUUGAAUUGGUACAAAAGAGCGGAUUACACCGCCUACGCAUUCAAUACUAGGCCCGUGAGUCGCAAUCAUUGCCAAAAACCGUUUGUUUUUCACAUGUCGAGUGCAAAAUUUGACCCGCAGUUGAACACGACGGUUAGCGAAUACACGAGACAUCGGGUUCCGCAACCGGCUUGUCGAUGGGAUAUGGCUAACCCAGAGGAGAUCAACACUAUAGUCGUCUACAAAAAACCCGAUCCUCACCUAUGGAACAGAUCACCUAGAAGAAACUGUUGCAGAGUAUUACAAACAAAGAGGAAUAAUACAUUAUGGAUCAAUGUUGGUGUAUGUAGAGCAGGUGAAGUCACUGAAGUAAAGUAAUUUCUAUUUUGUACUAAGAAAAUUUUGAAAGAGAAAAAUAAUUAGGGGUUUUUGUUAGGCUUUUA